CACGCCGCCCACUUGACUGCAUCCCCGGCGAAUGCUGCACGUUUCUGAUAAAUCGUCUUAUAAUUCGCUUUUGUGAGUCGAUUCGGAAUUAGCAGGAGCUCGCGAUAAUCUCGAGGCCACAUUUCUCCCAACACGGGGGUCAGCGGGGGCUUAAUUGUGGAACUAUCUCUCUUAUCAUCUCCGUGAGUCAAAAACAAUUGCGAAUUAUCCAAAGCGUUGUGCAGCUCGGCGUGUGUUUGCGUGUGCGUUAGAGGAGGGGAGGCAGAGAGGGAGAGCCAUUACACAUCAGCAUGACAGCAGGGAGAGCAGGAGGAGGAAGAGGAGGAGGAGAGAGGUGCCAUGUGCUUCCUGUCUACCCGCCAUUCACCUCCCUGAGCUCCAACAGGAUGGAGGUCCUGUGCGCCGCUGCUGCUUCUUCUUCUUCUUCUUCUUCUUCUUCUUCUUCUUCUCGCAUUUCAGCCAACUGACAUAGAGUUCACACUCUGCGGUGUUUUGUCCCCUGUUUUCAAUCGUCGUUUCCAUCCGGGACGCAUUGAUCCUGAAAUUUCAUCUCCUUGUCGUUUUUAUUUUAUUGUUUUAUUUUUCCACUCUGAUCGUCGCUGGAGUGUCUUUUCUGGAGAGAAAGGCUUCCAGGGAUGGAGUCGAUGCCCGGACAUCUUGGAGACGCGGGACGAGACGCCAGCUCUUCCCCGAGUUUGAAGCAGGACGCGCAGAGCUUCUCCGGCCCAAACUCCCUCAAACCGAACCAAGUGAGUGAAACCUCCCUGUACGGGGUGCCCAUCGUCUCUCUAGUCAUAGAUGGGAAAGAGAGACUCUGCCUGGCCCAGAUUUCCAACACGCUGCUGAAGAACUACAGCUACAACGAGAUCCACAACCGCCGCGUGGCUCUGGGCAUCACCUGCGUGCAGUGCACGCCCGUCCAGCUGGAGCUGCUGCGGCGCGCCGGGGCCAUGCCUAUCUCGUCCAGGCGCUGCGGCAUGAUCACCAAACGGGAGGCCGAGCGGCUCUGCAAGUCGUUCCUGGGGGCGCACAGCCCCCCGAAGCUGCCGGAGAAUUUCGCCUUCGACGUGUCGCACGAGUGCGCGUGGGGCUGCAGGGGCAGCUUCAUCCCCGCCAGGUACAACAGCUCCAGGGCGAAGUGCAUCAAAUGCAGCUUUUGCAACAUGUAUUUCUCCCCGAAUAAGUUCAUCUUUCACUCCCACCGCACUCCGGAGUCCAAGUACCUGCAGCCGGACGCGGCGAACUUCAAUUCGUGGAGACGGCACCUGAAACUGACGGACAAGAAGCCGUCUGAGGAUAUAAACCACGCGUGGGAGGACGUUAAGGCCAUGUUCAACGGGGGGAGCAGGAAAAGGACUCUGCCCAUGAGCGGGUCGGGGAUGUCCUCGUCGCUGAAAUCGCAGGCCUCGUCCAGCUUGGCUCCAACUAGCUCCCCUGAGGUCCCUCACAAAACUUUACGGUGCGACGAGGAGCAGGGAAGCAAUAACUUAAGCUUGGCGGGCGGCGCGAGGAGCUACCCGGUCAUCCCGGUGCCCAGCAAGAGCUUUGGCAUGCUCCAGAAGAUCCCCCCACCUCUGUUCCCUCCCCACCCGUAUGGCUUCCCCAGCUACGCGCUGUGUCAGAAAAAGAGCGACGGAGUGACUGAGGGUAGCAAGCCCAGUGUUCCCGGGGUGUUUUGGCCCGGCGCAAAGGACUCCCUCUACCCCGCUUUCCCCAUGUUCUGGCCCGCAGCCGGUGGCCUGCCCAUGCCGCCCUAUCCGGGCUCCCCGCCCAAGCCUCCGGCAGAGCGGCCGGGCGUCCGGCAAGCCGAGUUGGACCUGUCUGACCAGAGCGAAAGGGGCGCGAACACACCCAAAGACACAACCCCGCACCCCCACCACGAGCGCAGUCCCAGCUCUCAGUCCUCCUCCGCCAGGAACGACGAGGACAAGUCCGGGGACGAGGCCUCCCAGAGGAAGAUCAGCUACAUCUCGGCCUUCAGGCCCGUGGUCAAGGACGCGGAGACCAUCGCCAAACUCUACGGCAACCGGGACGGGUUCGGCGCGCGCCCGGGCUACCUGUCCCCGGAUUUCAUCAGCGAGAGCUCCAGCUACAGGUCGGCCUCUCCGGACAGGGACAGCGUGGUGGACGAGGAAGACGACGACCCGGACGUGGACGUGGAGUCCAACCGGGGUCCCGAGGAAGAGGAGUCGGGCCUGAUCUCCCCCGGUGGGGACCUGCGCGGUUCCCCCGCGCUCGAGCGGGUCUGUUCUGUUGCGGAGGAGAGCCAGGAGCGGCCCGACGGCUCCUCCAGCCCCGGGGCAGCUGGGGCAUCACCGCGGGGCUCGUCGGAUGAGAACCGGCAGAUGCGCAACGGCUCCCCGCUUCAUGAGGUGUACCCACAUGAAAAGGACGGCCCGGCGCUCCUCCUGAGCGAACCUCCCGCCUUCGGCUCCAAGCAGUCGAGCAGACCCAGCGGCGUCCAUCACAUGACCGAAAUGCAAACGCAGCGCGGUGCGGCGUCCUAUCCGGAGCAGACGGACAGACAAGGUGAUGGAGCUUUACGCAUCGACAUCAGCGUCCACGAGAGAGAUCUGGAGAACAUGGCCAAAGAAGAGUUGCAGAAGCAGCUGGUGGAGCAAGUGGAGCUGAGGAAGAAGCUGGAGAGAGAAUUUCAGCAUCUGAAAGAUAAUUUCCAGGACCAAAUGAAGCGUGAGCUGUCCUACAGGGAGGAGAUGGUCCAGCAGCUGCAGAUUGUUCGAGAAGCUCACGACGCCCUUCACCAUUUCUCCUGCAAGAUGCUCACUCCCCGUCAGUGCACCGGCGCCUGCACCUUCAAGCCGCCCCUGCUGCCCCCUUAGUGCCGCCGCACCCCAGCAGCCCGAGGAGACACACUCACGCCCCACACACACUCAAAGGUCCGGCCUCGAGAGCCUUCAUGUGUCCACCUCUCCCACCUGUGACCCCGGGACUGCUCCUCCUCCUCCUGCUGCUGCUGCUGCUGCUGCUGUGUGGAUACAUCUCUGAGAGAAUCCGUCAAGGCUCCGGAGGAGACGGACUGGGCCGCGGCCUCUCCUCCAAAGAACCGGACUCUUGUGUCAAAGAGGAAAUGUGAGCUUCACGCUGCGAACCGGAGGACUGCUGAUCCGAGGCUGCAAAGCUCAAACCAAGGAACGAAUGGAAACUGUCUGCUCUUUCACUACUCUGAAGAGAAAAUACAUUAUAUACAUACAAAUAUAUAUAUAUAUACACACAUAUAUAUAUAUAUACAUAUAUAUACACGUCAUGUGACAAUGUGCAAUGCUUGUAUUUAUUACGACAUUAAGUUAAAAGCUCAUUUGUUAGAUUUUGUUGCACCUUUGAAUAUGUUUUUACAUGUAUUUGUAAUUGAUCUUGGGUUUGUACUCUGUGUUUGUCAUGAAGCACUUUAACCGGACGACAUUUCCAAACACCAAAACUCCCUCCUCCAGCUCGUCUCUGCGCGUCACAAACGCAGCACUUCAGGCUCUCGCUUCAGGCCGUAAAGAAACGUUCUGCAGCAAGCUAAAAGGAAGCAGAAGAGAAGCAAAACACGCGGAUGCAUCUGUUUAAGAACGCUUCUCACUGUCGCUUUCUGUUGAAUUCGUCUGUCUCAGCAAGCUGAACCGAGACCUUCUUUCCUUUUUUGUCCUUUUCACCUGAAGCGCUUUUUAUACGAACACCGAUCCAAGUGUGUAAACUACAAACUGCUUCUUUUUUUGUUUGUUUUUUUUUUUUUGUCGUUCGCUGAACUCGUUCAAAAGAAGAAUGGACUCUUGCUUUCUGACACAAACACACCGUUCUCCUCUUUAUCCCUGUACAAAUUCAAAUAAAACCUGAAAAGCUGUCUGGGCUUCAUGUCCCUGACUUUUACUGGUUUUGUUUUGUUUUUCCCUGAGUACCCUGGUGGGAGCCUGACACCUGCUGGCUUCUUUCCAGAACAGAUCCCCUCUCCUCCCUCCCUCUGCCCCCUCUGCCCCCCGGGGGGUGGAUCGGGUUGCCUCCCAUGGCUGUUUGAGCUCAACAUGAUCUCUUUCAUUAGGCGUCCGACAUCAGCGCAUGACAUGUCCAGUCAUCUUCCACUGCUUGACGUGGAGUCGGGGAGGUUAGGGGAGGCAGGUUGAUCCACUGGUGAAAUCUAAUUCUUCAGACGGGACGACUAAUAGAUAUUGAUUACCCUGCGCGCCUCAUGCUGAGACAGAUACUCGCAUAAUGCCACCAGUGCAGGUGGAAUGCUAAUCGCCCCCUGUGGCAGAGCUUGUAACCCUCUGAGUGCCUGACGAGGUCCAGGAGAUGAACAGCAUCGAGACAUUGGUGGGGAUGACUGGGGCUGGUAUGUGGAGACAAACACUGAUGGAUUACUUGCCCUGUUGAGUUUUAUCUCGGUUAAUCGACCGGCUGUCCCUGGGAUUAUUUGGAGGAUUUGCGAUUCUCUCUGUGCUCGUUUUGUGAUGUUUUGGGGGUUUUUUGGCACGUGUCACUCGCCUGUGAUUGUUUUGAGAUCGACUCUCUUUCUGUUUGCUGUUCUUUUUUAUACAUAUUUGCAGGUUGAUUUGUGUUUGUUGAUUUAUUUUUAAUUUAUUUCCUUUUUUUUUGAGAUAUUGAUUUGUGUCUUUUUUUCAACCUUUUUUAAAGAAAUUAUUUAACUUUUUUUUUUUUUGCUUGGUUGUUUUGUGACCUUUCUGUGACCUUUCUGUGACCAGUCAGCGACGUCUGGCCUGUGAACAGCAGGCCCUUCUUCAGGCACAAGGCGCUUUACAAGCAGACAAAAUACGGUCGUCAUUUUAAUGUCGUUGUUUUGUGAUUUUCCUUUUUUCUUUUUUUAUUUGUGUCAUUGUGGUUGUUCGAGAAUAGUUCUGUGUAUGUUUUUGUGUUAUUGUUUAAUGUUUGUUCAUUUAUUUUGUAUGCUCGGGUUUUCCAGACUCUAAUUUCAGUUUAAAAAAAAAAAAGUCUGAUAAAAUAGUUUUUUAUUUUUGCAUUUUUUAUAGCCUUCUUGCAUCAUUCUUUAAUUUCCUUGUGUUCAUAUUGUGGAUGUACACAAACAGAGCCAGGACAAGGUACAUGCAAGCUAAGCUGCUUCAGCUAAAGGUCCAUUUCACAUAAAUUAUUGCUAAAACCUCCAAUAUAUUCAAAACAAAACUUGAGAUAAUAUCUUUUAAUUUACAGAAAUUGUAGCUUUUUAUUUGCUUGAGGCUCAAGUAGUUUGCUGAGGAAGAAUUUCAUUGAUAUUUAUGUUAACAUAUGUGAUCUACUGUUGCUGGUUGACUCAUUUCUGCUGCUCGUGUCUUCAAAACCAAUCGAUAAAUAAACGACAGAUGGAAGCUCUUCUCUGACUGCUGAGUCUGCUGUACUCCACACACAUCUGUCACACCAAGCAAGUAAGUCAUACUUUGCCUCCACAGUUUAAUUAUGCCUAUUUAUUUCAGAAAUAAUGUGCGCUGGAAUUUGGGGCUCACAAGCCUCAAGCGGCUCUGGUUUCGGAUGUGAGCAGGUUUCCUUUCUGUGUCUGCAUAUUGCUCAUGGUAAAAAAAAUAAAAAAUACAAAGUGUACGCAUGCUUGUUAGUCCUUUCAGUGUCAAUUUCUCCUUCUUAUAUCUCUGUCUUUCUGUUGGAUCAGAUCUCUUUUACUUUUUAAGCUUCUGUUUCAGGAGGUUUGUGUUGCUGGUGUCCCUGGAGUCUCUGCUGUCUGCGGUGAAGAGGAACAAAACUCUCCUCGUUAAGAUGUUGUACAAAACUAUUCUCUCUCCCAAAGACGAAAAGGUAAACCGGAUUAUUUACAUUUUCCAGCAACUUCUGUUACGAAUAUUGCAAGUAAAAUCAUCAGCACCGCAGUUCCCUUUUGCUAAAGGACUAGUAAAAUGUCCUGUCAUUUUAAAGAGUCCACUGCAUGGGCCCACAGCAUCACAGAUCCUCCACCAUAUUUUGAGAUUGUCCAGGUAACGUCCAAACGCAGUUUGGGAAACUCCACAAGUUUUUCCUGAACAUCACUCCCAAACAGCUGGUGAGCAUAAAAACAGCAUCCAAUGGUUAUUUUAAAGACUUGGGAACUCUGAGGUGCCUCCGUUUGCUGCAACGUCAAGCUUUGAGGUUUUAAUACCCGAGUUCUGCUGUCUCUUUCUGGCUGCAAGAUAAACUAAGUUUCUCUCCCAACAGUUCCAGCUGUGAUGGUUAACGUGUCAUGUUUUAUUCUGUUCCAGCAGCUAUUCUGAUUUGAGUCAUUUUCUAAAGAUGAACACUGAUCCAUCUUAAGGUCUCGUUGUGUUCGUGUGUGUGUGUGUGUGUGUAUGUGUGUGUGUGUGUGUGUGUGAGCUGCUUGGACCUUGUGCAAAAGCAAACGCUUUUAUUCGUACGACAUUCAGCCGAUCAACCAUGUUCCACUCAGAGAUGUACAAUUUACACUUUGACUUGUUCUGGGGUGACACAAUGUGACGGUUUCUACAUUGUGAAAGACGGAGAAGAAAAUCACAGAAACAAAUAAAUGAUCCACUUUGACGUGUCUUUUUUAUUAUUAUUUAUUUGAACUUCUUCACCUCAUAUUUUCUUCACCAGGGUCUCUAAGCCAUCGUUUUCUUGAUGUAGUGUGUGUUUGGUGCCACCGUCCGGCUGGAGGCAAAACUACCAAUUCAGCACAGCCACAAAAAAACUGAACUGCACCAGAAUCUCACAGUGACCCCGGUGAGCCGCACAUGACUCUGUCUUUACAGUCAAACAAAGAGUAGAGUGGACUGCAAGGAAUAAAUCAGCUCUGGACUGGCAUGCUCUCCAGUCUUACCAACAAUUU